AUCAUAUUUGCAAACGGUAGAAGAAACAUCCGGGUCCCUCAGGUUCUUGCUUGGCGACCCGUCGCCAUUAGUGCAAGCUCGUUGUCUCGGAUCUGUUUUUGUGGUGAAAAACCUUCAAACCGGUGAAGUUUUCCUGCUCCGGGGAACAUCACGGUGCUUCUACCGGGCACGUUGUUUUCUUUAACGUGUUAAAACCGUGAACUCGGCGGGUGUUGGCCCCGCGUGGCGAGCCGCCGUCCUCUCCUCCAGCAGGCUCCACAGUUUGAGACGCAUUUGAUCGUGUCUCUUCUUUCUCCUUCGGUUGGUUUACUGUCAACAUGUCGCCGUGAUGGGUUCUCCGUGUGUCUCAGAAAUGAACCAGGGCCUCCGCCGCCUGACCCGCACUCACUGCCGCCCGUUUUCCUGCUCCGUGUCCCCGUUUGAUGCCCGAGAGCUCGGCGGCUCUCUGCCCGCCGCUCGGCCCCAGCAGCAGCGCUCCCUGCCCGGGUACAACCAUGGAGAAGAACCCGAACAGCUCCAGCACCAAGGUCCCGCCCCGAUCCAGCUCCACAGGCCCGGUACCGGGAGAGACUAAACCCAAAGCAGUAUCUGCUCGCUCCGCCGGCGGCAGACAGCGACGGGGAGAGCGACGGGUCGGACCGGGUCCCCGUGCCCAGCUUCCAGAACUCGUUCAGCCAGGCCAUUGAGAAAGCACUUCUGCAGCUGGACAACGGCGCUGCUUCUCCUCCACAACCCGUGGUUGAACCAGACGAGAAAGGAGGGAAGAAGAAAAAGAAGAAGCAGAAACUUCUGUUCAGCACGUCGAUGGUUCACACGAAGUAGACGACACUGAAGUUCAUUUACUCUGAGUGUUUUUCUUGAGUUGAUAUUCAUAAAUGAUUCCCACUGCUUGUUUUAACUUCAUGCAGAUCUUCCCUGAAGCCAUGAGCUAUGGAAACAGGUUUAAUCAGCAGCCAGAGGUUUGAUUUGCAUUCAUUAUUAUUUGUCGUACAAAGGUCAAAGCUCGACAGCAGCGUCCUGUCUGUCACACUGAAAAGCCUUAUGGGUAACAUUUUGUCCAGAUGCAAAGAAAAAACACGGAAUAUAACGAACGUAGAUACAGAAAACGUAGAUUCUGUGUUUGACGUGUGCGCGCUCGCUUUAUGGCGGAGGUCAGAUCAGAUACAAAACCGACUAACUCUUCAUUCUGAGCUGAUUUUCAUGAUAUUUAGUCUGUUUAUAGAUGUGAGGAAUUGAACCUGAUGGUUACUGGAAUUAUUUAAUAGGAUUUAAUUCCGCCACCACUUGGAAAAAUGCUUCAGGCGUUAAUGGAUUAAAUAUUCACAACAAAAAACAGCCGCUGCUACUCAGAGCAGCACUUCUUCCAAAAUACAGGAUGAAUACAAUGAAAACAUUAAUGUUAGUGUGUUUGAGCUGCUGCAUAAAGUCUCAACACAUGGAACAAAUUACUGUCCAACAGGAAACUAACAAUAAAAACUGUUCUCUUGUGUUAAAUUAUGUUUUCCUGUAGAUAAAGUUCACAAAAACAAACAGGCGGCUUUAUAACAAUAUAAUGAAUAUAAAAUCUACAUUUUUAGAGUAACAAAAGGUAAAAUUUUAAAUAAUUUACACUUGCUGUUUAUAGAUAGAAGCCUACAUGUCCCAUCAGCUCCUCUUCUUUAUAACCUUUAUAACAAACCAAAUUUCAUGACAAUCUGUUCAGAAUUGAGCGAGUUAGUCGUUUUUUUAAGUGAACUUUACGUCUCUGUGUUGUUAACUUUACCUGACCUCUGCAGUCCGGCGACCACACAUUCAGCAGCGACCAGUGAGUCAUCUACAUUUCUUACAUCGAUGAUAACAAGCUCCUGGCUCCGCGUACGCUUCAGAUCCCACUUUCUCCCGGAGCGGACGGAGCGCUGCAGCCGUGAGUAGUUUGGAUAAGAUGAUCGUAUGGUGCUUUAUAUUAGAGUAGCAGUCAGCCAGCUGCAGAUACGUCGCACCUUUUAAAUCUUUCCAGGAUACUCGGACAUCAAUCGGGAACUUCAACCUCAGAACGGAAGGAAACAAUAACAUCUGUGUCCGUACGGAAGUGUUUUCUAACAACACGAGUACGUAACGUUCUUGGUGAGGAAGUGAACACUCAGUAUUGUAUAAUAGAGAUUUCUCCAACCGUAUAUUCAGCCUGGUUCAACCAAACAUCUGCACUUUCUUCUCAUUCAGUCUCUCCUCUGUGUCAUCUUCUGUUGUAGAGUGUUAUCUAACCUUUAACAUGAACUCAGUUUAACUUCAGUGUUGGAAGUGUGUGAGGAAUUGCUGCCGUUUAAAGGAAUGUUUUGAAACCUGAAGAAAACUUUAAAAAUGUGUUUUUGUUGGAGGGUUCUUUAAUUCACCUUUUAUUUUGAGCAAGUUUAUAGACUAGUGAACUUUACUAGUCUGUUGAAAUGAAUAAACAAUUAUGCACAAUCAAUGAAGUGAGUGUUUGAUGCUGUGGUGUAAACGAGAGUUGCUCUAUAGGGCUUUUAUUUUGAAAGAACAGCCUCAUCUUCAGUGAAAACCCUUUAAAGUAGAACUCGAUCAAGACGCCUUCAGAAACUGUAGGUCGUGUUGUUGAAAUAAUGUGACCAGCAGCAUCCUGAGACUCUGCUGAACACGCACACACUGUUAUUUGUGUGGAUAAAGGUACAGAUGUGAUUAUUACAGCUUUCUCUUCACUUGUUUUGCUCUCUGUUAAUAUUGGAGCUUCUGGGACUGUUGGUUGUCUCAGAGUGUUUAAAGUUUAACAGAUUUUCCUUCAUAUCCUUUGUACUUUUUUUGUCUGUAGAAGUAAAAUAAAGAUUAAAUUGCA